AUGGCACUCGUUGUACAAGCUGCUGGCCCUUUGAAACCCAAUAUCAGGCUGGCUCAGGCGCUCUCAGAAUUCGAAGCCAUCCUCAAUGAUGACGACAAGAAAUUGUUUCGAACUUGGCGCGAGGGACGACCUCCCGCAGUUUCCGAUGUCAUGAAGCUCACAGCCGAGAUUGACCGGCACAAUGGCCGUUCCAUGAAGCGUCGCUGCUAUGGCCCUCGCCUGACUUCCAUUUUGGGAGCCGUACAGCAGUUCUCCAGCGCGGUCGAUGUCAUAAUAGGCGGCACCCAAUCCACUAUUGCGACUUCUAUCUGGGGCGUGUUGCGGAUGACCCUGCAGACCACCGUACAAUUUGGAUCCUAUUUCGACAACCUGUCAGCCUUGUUUAUGCGCAUCGGACGCUUUUCUCCCCGCUAUGAGCAAUAUGGUGCCAUGUAUCCCAAGUCUUCCAGGCUACAGGACGCUCUCUUUGACUAUUUUCGUACAGUUGUCCAAGUCUGCAAUAAGGCAGUUCUCUUCAUCAGGAAAGGCACAAUGGCCCAAAUAUCAGCCGCGAUUCUCAACCCCUUCAACUCCGAAUUCGGCCCUCUCGAGCUCGAUCUUUCUACCACCGCAGAGACUAUACGCGAAGAGGCUUCGCUAGCAUUUCAACAGGAGCUGACUCUGGACAAAAGGGAAGCCUCCAGUUUUCGAGCGUGGUUGUUGUCAAAGGCGUCAAAGAAGACCGAGCAAGCCAGGGUAUUCAGAGCCCAUCAGGCGAAAUUUCAGCUUCUCAAUUCCUGCUCUACUUACGAUCACGAAGCCGCGUGGAAGCGAGCGCGGAAGGUGGGUGAAAGCUCCCGCCUCUUCGACCAAGCUGCCUAUAGGGAUUGGCUACAAUCUACUGUGUCGAGCGUAUUGUGGGUGACUGGAAUACUCGGGUCCGGGAAGACGGUACUCACAGCCAGUGUGGUGCAGGAACUUAGCAUCAAGUUCCCAGAUGCUCUUGUCUGCUAUCUGUUUUGCAGCCACGACGACGCAGAAUCGCUAAAGGCCAAGACCAUUAUCGGUAGCCUCGCAAGGCAGCUCUUGAGUUCACUGAACCCAGAUGUGUUUGGCAGCAUCGAUACGACCAAGCCAGGUCUCCUCGGCACUGAUGAGAUCGUUGCUCACCUUCUCGGGCUGCUUCCUCAAAAUGAACAAAUUUUCGUCAUUGUCGAUGGCCUCGAUGAAUGCAACGAGACUGAGCUAGAUAGACUCUUUGAUUGCCUCGAUAGGUUUCUCAAGUCAAAUCACCGCUUCCACGUCUUUUGCUCGAGUCGUCUCGACAUACAUACAAAAUAUCGGACUGCUCUACAGCCUCGACAUCAUUUGCCAUUGCCGAUGCACAACCCCGAAAUCGCUCAAUACAUCGACAGUGCUUUAGAAGAUCGCUUGGAGAAAGGCAGCCUGUGCUUGGGAGACCCAGACAUAAUCUUGACCAUCAGGCAGGCUCUCUUGGAAGGAAGCCACGGGAUGUUUCUCUGGGUUGUGUUUCAGCUUGACUCAAUAUGCGCUGAGCUCACUGAUGAAGACAUCCUCAAUGCGCUCGAAUCUUUGCCAAGGGAUCUGCCCGAAACUUUCGCUCGUGUCCUCCGGAAGCUGGCGGAGAAAAAGACGACAAAUAUUGCCACUUGCAAGAAGAUCUUUGCGAUUGUCGCUGCGGCCCACCGGCCCUUAACCUUGUAUGAACUCCGCGAGGCGAUGGGUGUUGUACCAGGGGAUACCGAGUGGAGUCCACGAAGGCUAAUCAAUGACAUUUGUAUUGCGGUUAACGGAUGCGGAAGUCUGUUGCUCAUUGAUGAAGAGGACUCUGCAGUCCGCUUCACCCACCACAGCGUUAAACAAUAUCUUUUGUCUGAUCCGCAAGAUGCAUCGACCCGCCAUUUCCACGUGGAAGGGCCAGAGGCAGAUCUGAGUAUAGGUGAAAUUUGCGUCACUUACCUGAACUAUAACGUCUUCAACAGCACGCUUGUUAAGAUGAGCAAUCGCGCAAUUUUACAGCCACAAGAUAUAACAGCCUCUAUUAUUGAGAGAACACUUCCGCAAGCCGCUGGCAGCAAAUUGGCAUUGAAGCUCUUGAAAAGAAAUGCAGUGAGAGACUUCGACGUAAAAGCUCGUAUCAGAGAGAUGGCGCCGCAGGAACAGCGGCAACAAGAUUAUCCAUUUUUGCCUUACGCGAAGACAUUUUGGUUAUUUCACACUCGAAAGUUCGAAACAGGAAGGCAGGCCACUUACAAACUGUGGCUUCGUCUGUUAUUGAACAGUGUCAAGAUUGUGAAGCUUCCCUGGGGUGCCGUCCCUUCAGCUGAAGCAGAGGGAGAAGAAGAAAAAGUUUUGGAAUGGGCUCUGGCAAAUGAACAUGAAGCUCUUGUUCGUGAGACAACCUCAAGAAUCGCGAAGUCAGAUGUGGUCCAACCAGUUGGAGGACUACUGUCGAUGUGCCGAGAAAACAAGUAUCUGCAAGACGUGGGUCGCACCCGCACCGCGCGGCUCUGGGAAAAAUACCUUGGUAAUGAAACUGCAUUCUCCAUGUUGGUCGAGAGUGGCCUGAGUGUUGAUGAAAGAUAUUACGAUGGAAAUACGCUUCUGAUGAAAGCCAUCACCAGGCAACAGACCCAUGCUGUCAAGAGAUUUCUAGAACGGACAGAUCUUGGGGUCAACACUAAAAAUGACUCUGGGUUGACAGCGUUGAGCAUCGCUGCUAUGUACGGGGAUGAGGAAAUGACCAAGUUACUGCUCGCGUGCGGAGAUAUCGAGGUCAACUCUGAAGAUGAGCAAGGCUGGACAGCUCUCAAGCAUGCAAUGUACCAUGGACACCAUGGGAUAGCGGACAUGUUGCUGGAUCGUGGCGCUCUGGACCUGAACUCGCAAGAUGGAAGUAGGCCAACCAAGCUACAUUGGGCGGCUAUGUCCUUAUCCAAGGAAGAGGCCGCUCCUAUCCUUGGAUCGAGGGAGUUCGACUUCAACGCACCCGACCCCCACGGCACAACAAUUCUGAUGUACGCAAUAAUGAAGGGGUAUACAGAGAAUUUGCGGCUCUUACUCAGUCGAGGCGAUGUCGAUCUGAAUCUGAGAGACGAGUGUGGACGAACGGCGCUACAUUUCGCUACUUCCGGCGCCGCGCACAAUUGCCUGCUGUCAUUGCUCGAACGUGGUGAUGUCGAUACGGAAAUCAGAGACAUUGAUGGUCGGACGCCGCUGGACAUUGCCAUCGAGUCCAAAAACAUGGAGGCUAUCCGGCUGCUGAAAGAUCGGGGCCCGGAGGUAACAUGA